CAAAUUGACAACCCUGUGUGGCUACAAUUUCGUGGCACCAAAACUUAGAAAAACAAACACUUCUUUGCAUAUAAAUAAUAAGUGCAGGAGCAUGGUUGAGAAUCAAAAGAAGCUAAAAUGGGACUAGGGACUCUGCCAUUGACCCCUUCUUAUACCAGUUUUUCUCCAAACUCAGGACUUAUCCAUGACACUGUUGAUUGCAGCAGAGUGAACAGAAGCAUAAAGUUCAGAGUUUCAGCCAAACAAGAGAAGCAAGAACCCAGUAAGAAAAAGCAAUCUUUGUUCAGCAGUGUGACUGAGGCUCUUGAUUUUUCCCAAGUGAGAUCUGCAGAGGAUGCUCAGCUCAUAGAAGAGGCCAGAGAAGCCACAAGAUCAGGAGAAAGGAUGAGCAGAGAACAGUAUGGAGCUCUUAGAAGGAAAAUUGGUGGCACAUACAAGGAUUUUUUCAAGUCCUAUGUUGAAGUGGAUGGAGCAUAUGUUGAAGAAGGGUGGGUUGACAAAACAUGCAAGGUUUGCAAAAAGGACACCAGAGGAGAGGAAAGGCAAGUGGACAACUUUGGAAGAUAUGCUCAUGUUGCAUGUUUAGAGAAGUCCAAAUCAGGGAACUUUUUUACCAGAUUGUUCUCUUCUUAAACAACACAUUUUCUCAUAUACUAUUAUAAACUUUCUGUUAUUCAUCCAAUCAUCACAUUAGAUAUUCAGCUUCUAUCUAUCUCAGGGCUUUAUCAUCACAGCAAAACAAAGAUUAAUAUCAUUGCCUCUUCAACA